CUGUGGCGCGCACGCGUGCCUGAAGUCCCGCCCCGGAACUGCAGAUGCAGGCUGCUGCAGUUCCGGGUCGGGGUGUCGCAGGCGUCGCCGAGUGUGUGAGAGAUCGCUGGCGCAACCAUGAAGUUAAAGGAGACAAAAUCAAGGCCAAAGCCACCGAGCCGUGGCACAUUUCAGACAAGGGGCUUCAAAGUCGUGGGGAAAUGGAAGCAGGUGAAGAUCGAUCCAAAUCUGUUUGCGGAUGCACAGAUGGAUGGCUUGGUGUGCUUUGAGGAACUCACAGAUUACCGUUUAGUCUCUGCUGCUGAGAAUCCCUCUGGUUUCUUCUCAAAUGAGGAGCCAAAGAAGAGAAAGGCCCAAGCUGUUUCAGAAGAGGAGGAGGAGGGAGAGGAGGAGGGAGAGUCUAGCUCCCCCCAAAAAAAGAUCAAAUUGAAGAAACAGAAAGAUGCGCUAGUGGCUGCUGAAGGAAGUACAGCCCAGGAUGAAGUCAAAGAUUCUGAGCCAGAGACUCAGGCAUAUGUCACUGCUUGUUCUGAUAGACAGGUAGGAGAAGCAGCAUCGGAAAACCUGGCACAGGCUGUUCCAAAAAAGAAGAAAAACAAAGGGAAAAAAAAAUUAAGCCCUUCCCAGAGCACUGUCUCUAAAGUGCCCAAAAAAGCAAAGACAUGGAUGCCUGAAGUGCAGGACCAGAAGGCAGAUGUGUCAGCAUGGAGGGACCUGUUUGUGCCCAAGGCGGUUCUCCGAGCACUCAGCUUUCUGGGCUUCUCUGCACCCACCCCAAUCCAAGCUCUGACCUUGCCCCCAGCCAUCCGUGACAAACUGGACAUCCUAGGAGCUGCUGAGACAGGAAGCGGGAAAACUCUUGCUUUUGCCAUCCCGAUGAUUCAUGCCGUGCUGCAGUGGCAUAAGAUGAAGGUCCCACCCAUCCCAAAUGGCACUGGAGUACCACUUCGGGAGCUCAGGGUGGGAGCUGCUGCCCAUCUUGGGUCACCUCCCAGGGAAGGAACUGAGUCUGCAGUGUUGCAGGAUGCGGCCAGAAUUGAGAAUGAAGCACAUCCCAAGACUAGUGCCUCUGCCUCAGCCCAGGCACUGCUCUCCUGUGAUGGUGGUGAUGCUGGUGAAGGACCUUCUUCCUUGGUUGAGGACAAGCUUAUUCCCAAGCAAGAUGACGACAGGGAAGAAAAGCUUGAUGAAGAGCAGGCUGGGAAGUUAAAACAGGGGCUGUGUGACCGCAUUGCUAUCUACAGAGUUCACCCAAGGCGCCCCCUGCUGGGACUAGUCCUGACUCCCACUCGAGAGCUGGCAGUCCAAGUCAGACAACACAUUGAUGCUGUGGCCAAGUUUACAGGGAUUAAAACGGCAAUUUUAGUUGGUGGGAUGUCCACACAGAAACAGCAGAGGAUGCUGAAUCGCCACCCAGAGAUUGUGAUCGCUACCCCUGGUCGGCUCUGGGAGCUAGUUAAAGAAAAACAUCCUCACUUAAGCAACCUUCGGCAGCUCAGGUGCCUGGUUAUAGAUGAGGCUGAUCGGAUGGUUGAGAAAGGCCAUUUUGCUGAACUCUCUCAGCUUUUAGAGAUGCUAAAUGACUCCCAGUACAACCCCAAUCGACAAACGCUUGUUUUUUCUGCCACACUAACCCUGGUACACCAAGUUCCUGCUCGAAUCCUUCAUAAGAAGCACGUGAAGAAAAUGGAUAAAACCACCAAACUUGACCUUCUCAUGCAGAAGAUUGGUAUGCGGGGCAAGCCAAAAGUCAUCGACCUCACAAGGAAUGAGGGUACAGUGGAGACGCUGACAGAGACCAAGAUCCACUGUGAGACAGAUGAGAAAGACUGGUACCUCUACUAUUUCCUCAUGCAGUACCCAGGCCGCAGCCUGGUGUUUGCCAACAGCAUCUCAUGCAUCAAGCGCCUCUCUGGGCUCCUCAAGGUCCUGGACAUCAUGCCGCUGACCCUGCACGCCUGCAUGCACCAGAAACAGAGGCUCAGAAACCUGGAGCAGUUUGCCCAUCUGGAAGACUGUGUUCUCUUGGCAACAGAUGUGGCAGCUCGGGGCCUGGAUAUUCCUAAAGUUCAGCAUGUCAUCCAUUACCAGGUGCCCCGCACCUCAGAGAUCUAUAUCCACCGGAGUGGCCGGACUGCCCGUGCUACCAGGGAAGGCCUCAGCUUGAUGCUGAUUGGGCCUGAAGAUGUGAUCAACUUCAAGAAGAUUUACAAAACUCUCAAGAAAGACGAGGACAUCCCCCUGUUCCCAGUGCAGGCAAAGUACAUGGAUGUGGUCAAGGAGCGGAUCCGUCUAGCGCGGCAGGUUGAAAAGGCUGAGUACCGGAACUUCCAGGCUUGUCUGCACAACUCAUGGAUUGAGCAGGCGGCGGCAGCCCUGGAGAUUGAGCUAGAGGAAGACAUGUACAAAGGAGGAAAAGCUGACCAGCAGGAAGAGCGACGGCGACAGAAGCAGAUAAAGGUCCUGAAGCAGGAGCUACGCCAUCUGCUCUCCCAGCCACUCUUCCAGGAGAACCUGAAGACCAGGUACCCCACACAGUCUGGCAGGCUGCCUCAGCCCAUGGUGGCCCCCAGGAAUGGUGAGUCUGCACUGAGCUGCCUCUCUAGACAGAAGAGGAGGAGGAGGAAGAAGCCAAAAGAACACCGGGCACCUCCGCAGUCAAGUGCAAGCACGAGCUAACUGCCCUUUGUCAGUGUGGUGACUGCUCAGUGAGGUCUGUUCUCCAGUUGUCUGUGAAAGCCUUCCUAGCCUUGUGUUUCGCGCCACCAUCUACUUGGGAAAACGUCCCACUCUUCCAUCCUUUAGCAGGAAAGAACUCAUGCACGUGUGUUGUGGAGUAAGUGUAGUAGCCAGCAGCUAUGCCUCUGUAUCCAGUGUACGCAGGCUUCUUAUUUACACCGUGGUUUCCAGAUUAAAAACAGAUGGGAGCAGAGUUGUCCUGA